AUCAGUCUUAAGCUGAGCCAAGGCGGGAACAACAGCAUAUAAAUAGGAUUCUUCUCCCUUCUUUCCUGACUUUGACUGUUUUUUCUCUACGUCCUCACAUUAUCUGCAGCGAUAGCCACCAUGUCCCAGCUAGAGACAGCCAUGGCCAUUCUGAUGAGGACCUUUGACAUGUACGCUGGAGCUGAGGGCAGCAAGGCCACUCUGAGCAAGGGGGAAGUGAAGACCAUGAUGGAGAAGGAGCUCCCAUCACUCUUGAAGGGAGCUAAGAACCAGGGUGAGGUGGAUAAGCUGAUGAAGGCCCUGGACCACAACGGAGACUCUGAGGUGGACUUUAGUGAGUUUGUGGUCCUGGUCGCUGCUUUAACUUGCGCCUGCCACGACCGUUGCGCCAAGAAGUGAAGCUUUCCAUCUGUGUUUCACUAGCCUCUGACUAUUACUUGUUUUCCAUCCCCUUUGGUGUUUGUCUGUGUCUGCUGUAGUGUGCACACGUCUGAUGUCAGCAGACAGUUCACAAUGUGUUUGCUUUAUAAACAAAAUAUACAUUUAAAUGACUGUGACUUUUUUUUUAAUGAUUUGCCAUGGUGGAUAUCCUUAUUAUCUCCUAUUAAGAACAUUUCAUUACACUAUGCACAGAACUCUGUCAUACAGGGGUAGCUCAUGAAAGAAAAUGAUACCAGAAGGAUACAAAGUCCCUUUAGACCAUGUGAACAGCUUGUCUGUUUCUGAAAGCAUGUUACAAUGUGUCUUGUGUCAAUGUGAUUUGCACGUGAGCAAUACCACUGGCAGACCACGGUUUCUUUUUGCUGAUUUCCACCAUGUCCUCUUUCAAAUGUCACUAAGCCAGUUUCACAGACAAGGGGAUGGAAAAAACUA